GCAACUCGACAUUCGGAGGAAGAGGACGCCGCCCUGGACUAUCCCAAAUCCGAAACUGCUGUUCGGCACUCGACUUAGCGGCUAUAACGGACAUGUUUUCCAACUCAGGCCGUGCCUCAUUCAGGUCGCGUCUUCUAUUCUCUACGGAGGCAUGGAUUCUCCACUUCGUGCUCCUGUACCGGCCUGCUGCCGCGGAGUUGACAGAUGCGCUGGACCACGGUCGGAGCGGUGAAAUGUGGCAACACUGCUCCAGGGGCCGGCCUCACCGCGACUGGGGCCCUUCUUGACAACACGCACAGGAGCAAGGACGCUAUAAGGAUGACCCAGGCGAGUGAAUCAAGAACCUUGUCGUCUCUACGUGCAGACCACUGAAGGGGUGUUCAGUCCAGUAUUCAUGCAGCAUUUAGCAAUGGGAUUUUUUAAGAGCGGACGAGUUUUCUGAGGUGCGGUAACGUAACCCCUCGAGGAGAGGGGUUACGGAGGGGUGGGGGGAACGACACCCCCUCCCACGAGGGGCGGGAUAGAGAGGGCGGCGCCGGCCCAAGUGCAGCGAGGUCGCAGGGGGUUCGUGCCGGUAUAAAAGCAGCCCCGACACCAGAGACCCUACAACACUCCGGCCGAUAGCCAACCACCUGACGCCAUGCAGCUGUUUCUCGCCCGCUUCACCCCGCUGCUGCUGCUGCUGGCGGCGGCCAGCGCCUUCGGUUUGGAAGGCUACAAGUGCAAGUUGGACGACAGCGCGUGCUUGAAGAACUAUCUGCAGAAUGACGUCAUCGGAAGAUUCAGCAAAGGGCUGCCCGAGUUCGGAGUUAAGUCCUUCGACCCUCUGAGCUUCAAGCAGUUGACCUUCAACUACGAGGCGGGCCCGGCCAUCAAGGCGACGCUGGACCACAUAGACGCCACCCUGUACGGACUGUCCAAGACCAAGGUCCUCGACGUCAGGACGGAACUGAGUGGUCCCAACUUCAAAAUCGAGGCGAGCGUCUCCAUCCCGAAGCUGUUCUACGAGGGCUUGUACACGUGCAAGGGAGAGUGGCUGCUGAUCCCUGUCGACUGGAGCGGCAAGUUCAACAUGAGCCUCGGCUACAUCACCGACACGUGGAAGCUGAGCGCCGUGCUCAUGCAGAGGGGAGACGACGCCUACCUGCAGCUGGAGGACGUUUCCUUCAGCCCCAAAGUGACCAACUUCAACACGUACGCCUCGGGGCUCUUCUGGGGCAACGAGGAAGCAGGCAACUUCGCCCUGGCGAUGACGAACAGGUACUGGAGCGGGUUCUACGACGUCAUGUGGAAGCUGGCCGAGCCGGACGUCCUCAAGACCAUCUCUGACGCGGUCAGGAGCGUCUUCUCGAAGACGCCAAUCAGCGGGCUGGCCUCCGUGGCGGCGUCUCCCCUUCCCGCCCCGUCCUUCGACUGAUGCGGAGCCGACCCCCGUUGCCGUCGUCAGUCAUUACGAAGCCUCGCAGCCAACCGCCUACCUAUUCCUAUAGAUGUAGAAAUACUUACGUAGAUACUAUACAUUUAUUGUUCCUCUGAAUAAUCGUGUUUAAUUAAAAAUGUUAUUCUUAUUCGGGCUUACACAUAUAUUAUUUUAUUGUCUCUGAUAAAAAAUAUUUAUGCAUUUGAAACUAUUUUGAGAUCAAUACAGUUUAUUCCCCCCCAGAAAUCAUUCGUCAGGGUAAAGUUUCACAAAAUAUAAUGUCUCAACCGCAAAAUUGUUUUUAUAUGUAUUUAUAUAUAUUUAAUAGCGGCCUGUUACUAUGUUUCCAGCGUUCUUUGUUUGCCUUCGAAAUUAGAUUUUUCUUACAGAAAUGUUUCAAGCAAGUUUUUUUUAGUGUUAUUUGUUUUCGUGAAAUGUUAGGAUUAAAUAAUAAUGUAUGUUAUGGUUCACUGAUACUUACAAUGUUUCUCAUUACGCCGGAAUGUGUUCAAUAUAAUAAGUAUUUCUCACGGCGCAAUGCGCAGUCAGGCACUGAGUCAUGAUGGCAUGCGUGUCAUUGUUGUCCUUAGAGCUCAAGGUCUCGAAACGCGCAAAAUUGCACGAAACUCGCGUAUAUGUUGUGUGUGUGUGUUCCCAACUGUACAGACUUCAAACCUUAAGACAGUUCCACCGCGUAGUGCUAGUGCUUCAGAGUUGACCGUUGCGCGGAUAAUGUCUGCCAACCGAUUGCAAAAACACGCACUUCUAAAGGAACUGAAAUAAAUACGUAUCGAGGAAAUUUAAAAUACUUCAUCGAAGUGUUCGCAGUGAAAAUAAAUGUGUGAUGUGCCAUACGCCACAAUAUGGCUUCUUGGACUGAAGCCAUCUUGUUGCAAUAGUUUCAGUGAUCCGAAGACAGGAUGAGGCAGACGAGAUGAGAACAUAGUUACUCGCUCUGCCGAUUGUUGAGGAUAUACCCGGCUUGAACGGUCGGGUAAGAGAAAUCCACGGAAAAAUAAAUCUAUGCACUUUAAUCAAGUCAAGCGAUGCCACUAACGAUCGUGUGAGCUGUCCCAAGACAACCGAAGCUUCGUGCAUUCAUUAAAGGAAAUUUGUAAAAUCCAGGAACAUAUUAGAUCACGACGCGCAUGACUAAUUUACACAAAAAAAGUCAUUAACAUUAGCACUUAAAGAUAGUUACGCCUACCCAUAUAUUAAGUUGAAUAGUGGCUUCAUAGAUAGAAAUUGCAUAUGUACUAAGUUUAAAAUAGAUUAGUGUAAUUGUAAGGUUAAUGUAACAUGCGUUCUCUAGUAGCACAUAUGUUAAAUCACUUGAAAAAUAGAAAUUUUUGGUUAUAACAUGUACUUAAAUAUAAGAUCAUUUUUAAAUGUGUAGUGUAGCCCUACUUUUAUUUUUAAAAGUUAUUUUAUAAAACAUGGUGUGCUGUACUGGAACAUAUUUAAACAAAUAAAAUGAAUUCUUUUAAAUUA